UCAAUGUCAGCUAAACCCUAAACUCCAUCCAUUUUCAUCACUGGAAAUCUCUGAUUUUCUGAAGUGCGUCGGAGUCCUUCGCGUUCCGGCGAGAAGGUUUUGGUUCCGAGGAAUAAAAGAAUAAAAUGUUUUACUCGCACACGCUGUUGGCUCGAAAGACGCCAUUGGGGACUGUGUGGUGUGCUGCUCAUUUGCAGCACCGUCUCAACAAGAAAGACUACGAGAAGACUAAAAUUCCUGUCGUCGUCGAUGCCAUUAUGUUUGGUGAAGUACCGCUUGCCCUGCGGACGUCGAGCUACCUUCUGUUAGGUGUUGUGCGGAUUUAUUCAAAGCAAAUCGACUAUUUAAAACAUGAUGUUGAUGUUUUAGUGAUGGAGUUACGAAAAAUGCAUACGCAAGCUUCGGCGAAACUCACUUUGCCUGAGAAUGCUUAUCAGGCACCGUUUCAUUCUAUCACUUUGCCUGAGACUUUUGAUCUUGAUGCUCUGGAAUUGGACACUGAUAUUUAUUACGAUGGCUCUCCUGGAGUGGAGAUUGAACAUCUCCGUGAUGUUGAGGGCAAUCGGGGGGACGAUACCUUGGCAGAUUUAAUUGCUUCUCCAACAAGGUUCAUGCCUUCUCCUAGGCCUUCUGAAGGCUUAGGUUCACCAUCAGUAAUGAUUGGAUCUACUGGAAUGCUGUCAACACCUGGACAAGCAUCAACUGAACCUUCAAGAUCCAUGUUUGAAACUCCCGGAACAAUGGACGAGGGACUGGGUGCAGAAGAUAUUACACUCUCGGAUAUUCCGGAACAGAGAAGUCCUGCAGACGAGGAUCUUUAUUUCCUGGAAGCAGAUAGCUCACCAGCUGGUAGAUCAAGGUCUCAGGGAACUCAAGGUGUCGACUCAUUGUCCGUGAGAACGAGGGCUGUAGGUCGGUAUCUAAGGAGUCUUUCUCCUAUAAAAUCAAUCUCAGAUGACUCAACCCAAGAACUCUCUUUGAAUGACAUUCUAGAAGGAAAAAGAAGAAAGCUAAGCGCACGGAUGUUCUACGAGACACUGGUUUUGAAGAGCUAUGGACUUAUUGAUGUACAACAAGAUGAACCUUAUGGGGACAUCCGUUUGAAAUUGACUCCAAAGCUUUCUAUGGCUCAAAUAUAGCACUCACUAUAUAUUUGGCUAAGGUGUGCAUUGUAUUUACUGGUUAGGUUGCAGACGAUGUCCGACCUCGAGGUAGUUCUUUAUGUAAAUUUUCCAAGUUGCAAGAGGCGGAAAGUGCAUUUUGCUCAUCAGUGUACCAACCAAAUUUUGACCCGUGUAGAUAUGCAUGGUUUAGUAGGAAGAUGUGUAGUGCAAUUAUAGUAAGGCUAAUCAUCUCUAUUUUGUAAAUUAUAUCAGAAUUAGUACAUUUCCCACCUGUAGAAUAAGUCUCUUGUUUCGAUAUGACUUUUUAAGUGCUUAAAAACACUUUUUUUUAAAGCAUUGAGAAAGUCUAUCCAAGUGGUUUUGUAGAUUUUGCAAAUUACAGUAAAGACCAUGUAAGCUAUAGUGAGGUAGCUCAAGUAUUUACUACUUGUAGUGAGGAUGGAAGAUCAGCCUGUUCUACAAAACUUGUAUGAACUUUGCCUAAUUGUAUGCAUUCAGAUGGGAGCAUCUUGUGAGCUCCAAAUGAAAAUUGAAUUGAACGUUCUUGAUCGCUUA